GAGCCGCAGGGCGCCGCCGAGCUGAAGGCGCAGCAGGAGGGCAUCUGCACGAAGGAGACGGACGACCAGCUCACAAUGAAGGAGAGGUUGAUGAUGCUGGCCGCCGAGAGGGGCGCUCCCAGGGCGAUCAGAUGCCGGCUGGAGGAGGAGAACAAGUACUUCGCGCAGUCGGUGCUGGAGCGCAGGCUGGACAGCGUUCUGACAUCUCACCCCGCUGCUUCUACAUCGGAGAUCGUGCCUCCCAAGACGAAAAAGGACAGGUGUCCCGCCAGCAGGACAGAGAUGUUUUGGUGGAGA